AUGGAGGCUGCCGGCGACAUAUAUUCGAUCGAGAGCUACCAAGUUGCCGUCCCCGGCGGCGAUUGCUCCAUCCACCUGCUGAUCGAUCACUCCAACGCACUGGCUGCCGCCCAAGCAAGGGCCCAGAACAAUGUCGUGGACUAUCACUCACUACUCCGCAGCAUAGACGGCCCAAAAUCAAAAGAAAAACGAACGAUCAAGGGAGCCGUGCUCGUGGAUGGGGGCUAUGACGGUGGUACAAGCUACCAAGGCAAAAAGGCGUGCGCCUCUAUUGAAAAGGCCAUUACGGACAUCGAGAGCCGGUUUGAGCUCGGCACGGGUGGUCUGAAAUUUGACGCCUGGUUGGUGACGCACUGGGAUCGAGACCACUACUGCGGCACACUGCAGAUGAUCAUCACCGACCUGACGAAGAAGUAUACCGAUGACCCGACGAAGUAUAACCGUGACCCGAAGGCGAUCAGUGACGAGAACGACACGCAACGAGCAAGGUUCAAGCAUUUCAAAUACCAAAACGACAACGGCCCAUGUUUGACGACCCUGUAUAGCCCGGUGUUUAACCGAGACGCCUACGUACCGGUGUACAAAGACCUCCAUCAUAAGAACCCAGGAAAAACCGACAUUCCCAAAGGAAGACACUGGCGGUUGCAAAAGAGCGACAAAGACAAGCUCGAGGUGGCAGUGGUGUUGGAAAACGACGGUCAAGCGUACACGGAACUGACUUAUGCCAACAAGCCGACAAAAUGGAUGGGGGCUAUUUGCAAUGUUGUUGAAGGGUUCGAUGACCUUUGGGGCACAGAUCUAUUUACAGGCAGGCCGAUCAGCAAGGCUACCCUCGCCGGCCAACCGGUGAAGUUUGAGGAUGUGAUCGACGUCCUCAAAGAAGGUACCAGGACCGCUCCUGUGUUCCUAAUCGUCGGUGCCGAGGGCUGUCUCAUCGGGGACACGAUGACCAAGACGGCCGUCCUUACUGCCGGAGCCCACGCGCUGGAGAACUACAUCUCGAUCAUCUCGCUGAUCGUGUGGCCGCCUAGCGAUCACAAUCACCAAGGUCGCGUCUCGUACUUUAACGGGGGCGAUGCGGAAAGCAAGACAGAGAAGAGGCUAGCGGAUUGGAUGAAUAAAAAGCCUGUUGCUGUGCUGAAAACAUCGCAUCACGGCGCCUACACGGCGACUCCGCCGGAGUUAUUGGAUGCGUUCAAGCCGAGCAAGGUGCUGAUCUCAGCGGGUUAUGAUUAUGGGCAUCCCAACUGGAUGGUGGUGACGACUCUGUUUGCGUACUGGGAUUCUAUGGUGAAAGGAGAUAAGGUCAAGGAACAGAGGCAUGGGGGAGAGGGAUUGGUCUUCCCCCUGCGCUAUCCUUAUUACCUCGAGGGCUUCCGGUACAAAGACGACGGCAAAGAACCUGCGUUGCUCACCACCAAACAUCUCAACAUGAAUCUCAACUUGCCAACAUAUGAGCACUUCCCGCUGCUGAACAAACCGCUGCGAGGCGACAUCCCCGGGGAACGCACGCAGAUCCUCCAGAAGGCCUAUGACAUCGGCAGCCAGACUUUUCGUGACUGGGCUCCUGCAGAGGCCAAGGAGUUUUGCAACACUUCCUGGAACACGGUGGUGAACAACAACAGCGAGGAAUUUUUCAAGAACUUUGCCAAUAGUGAGGGUUGGGAGAACUUCAAUGCACAGCAGAAGCAGAAAUUUUGUGGAUUAUUCCUGCUUAUCACGAUCCUGGCCGAGUACUGGUCGUACAUCUCGAGCGUGGACAAUAAAUGGGGGCGCAAGCACCUGCAGAAUGGAGACCGUCGCGAGGCCAUCUUCCUCUGGACACGCAGCUACGACAGCGAAGAUUUUGAUGGCCGCGUCGACAUCAUCGACAACUGGAACAAGUACACGGACACCCGCGGGCAAAAGCUCCAGGUGGGAGAUGGCAUCACCCGAGUGGAACAGGUCAAGCCUAUCAUCGGUUACGCAAACAUUCUCAAAUACCUCUCGUCCGUGGCAAGUAAUAUGCCGGGCAAUGGAGACCAGAUACCCUUCAACUUCUGGAUCGACCCUACACCCGAGCCGGUCAACUUCUUGGACGAGGGCGACUGGGACGAUGGAGACGAGGAGGAGAAAAUGCAAGCGGUCGAGAUAGUCGAGGGCGCUGCCAAACCAAAAGAGUUAGGGCAAAGUGAGGAACCCAACCCGCCGGAGACUACUGUCAUGGACGAAGAGUCCCCUGUGGUGAUGGCAAAUAAAAAGAAAGAUAAACUGCUGCUGGCAUUCAUUAACGGGGAUAUGCCCGUGGACUGCCAACCAGUCUAUGACCACCUCAACUCAAAGGCAUUAAACCACCCUCGUCCAAAAAUGAGCGACGCGGAUAAAGAAGGAGAGACGGGGAACAACAGUCCGGGCAAUGUUCAGGACAAGAAGCUGGUGAUUAUAGGAGACAAGGGAAAGGAGGGGAAGAAGGCCAAUAAUCCCUGA